UCAUAUUUAAAGAUUGUUAUUGGAUUGUGGCAAGUGUAAACACCGCAAUGAUCACCUUAAUCACCAAAGCCUGUAAAAGAAAAAGCCUUUUCAAUAGGCUUGAGAAAAAUCGGAUUAAAAUAAUAAACUACUUUAAUACGAGUUCCGUGUAUCAAGACGAACAAAGCUCGAAAAACCUUGGAUUACCACCAUCAUCAUUUGUAACAAAUCGGCCCAUGAAAGGCAGUUCAAGUGUCGCCACAAUCAAAAAUGAAAAUAUAAAAAAGUCUGUUUUUAUUUCACAGUCAAACGAUAUUUUCACGAACUUAGCUCUAGAGGAUUGGUUAUAUAGACACUUUGAUUUUCGCACACAUCACGUAUUAUUGCUAUGGGUUAAUGAUCCAUGCGUUGUAAUAGGUCGUCAUCAAAACCCUUUUAUGGAAGCAAAUGUUUCAGAACUAAGUUCACAAGGUGUUACAAUUGCACGUCGAAACAGUGGUGGUGGAGCCGUCUUUCACGACCGAGGUAAUCUGAAUUGCACAUUUUUCACACCACGCGAACGUUAUAAUAGAAAAUAUAACUUGAAUAUUUUGACAAGAGCAAUUUUUCGAGAAUGGGCAAUAAAAUCUGAUAUAAAUGAGCGAGAUGACAUUUGUAUCAAUCAAAAAAAGCUUUCUGGGACUGCUGCAAAACUGGGAUAUCCAAAUGCUUAUCAUCACUGUACUCUUUUGGCCAACACAAACAAACAUAAUCUUGGAAACUGUUUAAGAAAAGGGGAGGUCAGUUACAUCAGCAACUCUACACUUUCUGUACGUUCACCCAUUAAAAAUUUAUGUGAAAUAAAUCGGAAUGUCAAUAUUUCGCAAUUGAUAGCUGCAGUUGGUUAUGAAUAUCUGAGAACUUUUGCUACAGAGUUGGAAGAUGGCGGCAAUCAGCAGAUUAUGAAACAAUUGGGCUUUCAACUUAUCAAUCCGACGGAAAAAUGGUUUCCAGGAAUCGACAACUUAAGGACAGAGUUCAGUUCUUGGGAAUGGAAUUAUGGAAGAACUCCUAAAUUUACAGUUAAAAAGGAAUUAAUUCUGAAAGAUAGUGAUAAAGAGCACAAAAUAAUUCUAAAUAUUGCAGUGGAAAAGGGUAUUAUCAAUGGCGUAACCAUUACGAUGCCAAAUAAUGAACGUCUGCCAGUGGUAUCCAGUCUGCAACACAAGAACUAUAAUGAAUCUAACUUAAAUAAGAUUUUAAAUGCACUUAAGUUGGCUUGCACUGACAACAUAAUGCAAGCUAUAAACAGUCAUUAAUGUUUUGACGCAUAAUCAUAGUCAAGAAAAAGUAGGCUCUAUCUAUACAUUUCUUAUAUCAUAGUUGUGUUAGCGCCUGCUUUUUCGCUUAGAGUCGAUUCUAAAGUUAGAGCAACGAAAGCUGUUACCAACGCUAGCACUAAAUCUGAUAAAUAUAAUGGUAUUUCAUUGUUCGUAUUGAUUUAACGAGAUUUUGUGUAUUAUUUCUGGUUUUCAUAGGAGAAAGAAUUACUAAGAAUAUCCAAAGAGGGGAAAUUUAAUUGUAGAUAUACCUUCCACUAAUGACUAUUUCAUGAUUCUGAUCUUUAAAAUUACGUUAAAAUUAAAAUAACCGAAACAAACUCAAAUAACAGUGUUGCACGAUGACAUAAAAUAGCUAAUCUAUUACUUUUAAUAUAAUUUUGUGUUAAAGCCGGCUUUAGAUAGAACAUAUGCAGUACUAAACUAACCAUGAUAUAUAUGAAAACCAAGUUGGCUCUAACUGUUUAGUUACUCGUAACUAAAGUUGGCUCUAACUGAGGACUUUGAUUAUGCCCCAUUGUAUUUUGCUUAUUUUAGAUUUCAAAACACGUAAGCAUAAAUCCAAUACCGUUGUAUAUUAUUUCUAUUAAUUAUUGAGUACUUCAACUAACAUGCUUCUAAAAUUAAAAUAAAUUCGUCAUAUACAUUAAAAAAAA